AUGAGUCAGGAAGAUCCUGUGCCGAUCUCACAGACCUACAAAGCUCCUCAAGAUGUGGACCAAGAAUUUGUUUCGGCAUCCCUGAUUGGAGCUGGUCACACAAGAGGUCACAGUGAGGAUGAUUUCCUGGCAUACUCUGAGCCAGAUUUUGAAAACAGUUCAGAAAAUCCAUACAGGGACACAACAGAAAGUGACAUUAAUCUACGUCAUAUCCCACUAGCUGAUCUGGUGCCUCGGCCAUGGAAGACAUUUGAGCAGGUGAUGGUGGCUUCGUACAUCAGUGUCAUCCUGUGCUUUGUGACUGGCCUACUUUCUGUGAGGUAUGCCAGACGCGGCAGGAAGCACCAGUCCAAGGGGCUAAUGGGAAUGGCACAGAAAGAGUUAAAGAUUGCUGUGUGGUUUAUCUAUGCUAGUGUAGCAUUUGGCAUCCUAAUUUUCCUGAUCAUCAUUCCAGUUGCAGUUUCUGUUUAA